AUGAUAAGCGCCUACCAUUUUAUCGGUCAUUCGUUGGGAAAUAUCAUAAUCCGUGCGGCGCUAACCAGAAAACAUGACUUCAUUGAGCGCUGGAAAGACAAACUCCACACUUUCCUAUCGCUGAGUGGACCGCAUUUGGGUCUGGCCUACAAUAAUAGUGGACUCGUCAAUAUGGGUCUGUGGUUUAUGCAGAAGUGGAAGAAGUCUGGAUCGCUGUUGCAGUUGGCUAUGAAAGACUCGAGUGAUCCGAGACAGACAUAUCUGUAUCGAUUGAGCCAAGAAUCUGGUUUAGAGUAUUUCAAGAAUAUUCUGUUAUGCGGUUCAUCACAGGAUCACUACGUGCCCAUCCAUUCAGCACAUAUCGAACUCUGCAAUUCCUCACUCAAUGAUACCUCUCCUAAUGGUUCGUAUAAAUAG